UAAUGCCUUAUUCGUCUAGAUUACUGAAUAGAGUUUGUUAAAAAUUUAAUACAUAAAAUACUAUAAGAUAAACAUAAUGUCUACUACCUUAGCAGAAGUUCUUUCGGAGUCAGCAAGUACCUCUUGCAAUUCUUCACAUGAAUAUAAGGACUUAUGUGAUUCUACUACUGACAAACCUAUCUCGGAAAACAAAUCAUCUAUUCUUAGUACCAUAAACAGUCAAAGACCUUUAGCUAGUGGUGCUAGUUCGCAUGGUAUGUUACACGUUCCUCAAAUUCCACAGCAGCGACCAUCAUUUCUUAUAAAUGACAUUUUACGCAAAGAUGAUAACACUUCUAAACGACCAGAUACCAAUGCACUACAAAAAGAAUUAAAUUACGAAUCCGAUUCGAAUUCGAAUUCUAGUAGCAAUGAGGAAGUAGGAAGUCCAUUCGAUAGAUCAAGAGGGAAUUCUGAAUCUCCAACAUUUGUAUUAAACAAGCCAAAGAAACCACGAAAAGCAAGAACUGCAUUUUCCGACAAUCAACUGCGUGUUCUUGAAAAGAGUUUUGAGCGACAAAAAUAUUUGAGUGUUCAAGAUAGAAUGGAACUUGCACAAAGGUUACAUCUAACAGAUACUCAAGUCAAAACGUGGUAUCAAAAUCGAAGAACAAAAUGGAAAAGACAAACCGCAGUUGGACUUGAAUUAUUAACGGAAGCAACAAACUUUGCCACUGUUCAAAGAAUGAUUCACAGUAACAAUUAUUGGACAACUUUCCAUCCAAAUAUAACAUCACUGGUGAACAAUAUAGAACAAUCUGUAGUAAGACCGAGGUGUCCGAUACCAACCAGCAGUCAGUAUUUAUCUUCAUUAUUUAUGUCAGGUGCUUUACCUUCUCUUAUGUCACAGACACGUCCACAAGACGACAGGUAGUGAAAUUCCAGGAAAAUAAUAACAUAGUGUUAUUAUGUUAUUACUAUUGUUAUUUUUUUUAUUUAUCGAAAAUAAAAAUUGCUCAGAUCGACAUAAGCUUGUGUGGUAUGGGUAUGGGUGCUUUGCCGUCUUGUAUGUAACAGACAAGUCCGUAAGUGACAGGCUGUGGAACUCAACUGAAUUCAUCACAAAUUAUGUAUUCAAAUGUUGUUUUGUUUUA